AUUUAAUUAACCUAUUUAUAGACCAUAGCCUAAUAUUAUCCGGUUCUAAGAAAUUGUAUUUUAAUACCCACAUUGUAUUUUAUUUAACAAUAUUUCCGUUAUUUUAUUGUUUUUUACACUAAUUUAAUAAAUUACUUGUACCAUAAUUUUUAAAAUAAAUUUACACAUUUUUUAACCUUAAUUUUUUAAAUGAGAUUCACACAUUAUGUGUGACCAUAAUCAUGCCGCCCAUUUUUUAUAAACCUCCCUUACCUGUUAAUUACAAGGUCCCAAAGGGUAGAAUUAUUCCUUUAACAAAGCCACAAAUAACUCUUGGAAAGUCUUUAAUCACUCUAACACCUAGAAGGAUUAAGGCGGAUGUUUUGGAAAAGGUUCGUAUGUCCCUUAAGAGAGUUUUAAAAAAGAAAACUGAAAGGUUUGUAGAUGUUCAUGCAACUUAUCCCGUAACCAAAAAGCCAGAUGGCGUCAAAAUGGGACAAGGUAAAGGUAAAAUACACCACCACGUAGCAAGAGUUCCUGCAGGAUUUCCAAUAAUAAGACUACCACAGCUUAGUCCUUUUGUUCCAGGGAAUUUGCCCAUCUUUACAGCCUUUAAAAGGGCAUUAUCAAAUUUACCUGUUCCCUGCGCAUUUCGAUCACAGUUAAAUAACUUUAGCAUUGAUUCACUGGUGGAUAAACAACACGCAAAACUCAAUACAGAUUUACAUAGAACAAAACAACUACUUAAGUAUAGAUUUUCUAAACAGUAG